AUGCAAAGUGGUGGAUCGUUGGGUGGAGAUGCUGCAGACAAGGAGAGGGAGUACGAGUUUCCGGGUGACAGCGAGAACACAACCGAGAAACACAAGAUAUUUUCACCGAAAAUGAAAAAGGACGCAUUGAAAGCUCUCUGUCGGAGGUACGGGUUGGGUGUGAGCGGAACUGUCCCCACUCUGCAAGAGAAGUUGAAGGGAUUCAGUGGGGAUCGUGACCAGUGGACUCUGCUCAAGGCUGGAGCACGUCGUACCCACAAAGGCCUGCAACAAACCGUUGGCGGCAAGAAGAAGAUACUUAAAGGCGCACAGCUACGGCGUGAAGAGUGGUUGGGACAUAUCGAUGUUCCACAGUCGUGUGGUACCUCGACAGGGAGUCACAUCCGCAAAGGCCAGACUGUCGCUUGGGCUAAGGAGUUUCAAAAACGGCACCCGACACGCCCUCACUCUCCGAAGUUGAUAAUGGAAGACACUACAAAGCCUAACGUGCAUCCAAUGUUUGGGGGGCAAUAUGUUGUCGACACCCUCGAUGAAAUACUGAAUCGGCUUCCAACUCAGGCUUCCUCGACGACAACAACAACAACAACUGCCACCUCAACAGACACGUUCGAAGAAGCUACAGGACUGGUUGCAGCACAGUCUUGUAGUCUCCCUACCUCAGAUUCCUAUACUGGCCUCCGACCCCAGCAAGGGUAUGUCCCCUCGACUGUUCCAUUCCAGUCGUUCAGUACGGGGCCGGCACCAACUCCAAAUCUGUAUCCACCUUCUCGAGGACAGCCUCCACAGCCGCCACUGUCUUCCAGUACCUGCAGUCCGCAAGCGUUGGAAGUCGUUGAACCAGAACAAGACCAUGCUUUUGCCAACGAAGUCCGGACUUUGAACCUUUUGAAGGGGCCGGCAUUGCAGUUCACGUUAUCUGAAGUAGUGGCACAGGACCCCAAUAGCAAGGCGAUCUCGUUCGCGCACAAUAUCGACAAGCUGGGUUGUACAUGGUCCGAUACUUACGAGCACUUUGAUGGGAAGCUUUGCGACAUCAAGAUACAUGGUCGUGGAAUUCCGAUCAAGUAUUGGGGAAAGAUAUUCAAGAUACACACCCCCUUGUGA